AUGAGAGUGCCUGAUGGUUUUCCUAAUCCAGAAAAGAAAGUGUGCAGAUUGAUCAAGUUUAUUUAUGGUUUGAAGCAGGCUUCUAGACAGUGGCAUGAGAGGUUGAUGAGUGCUCUGGAAUCUCAGGAUUUCAGGCAUAAUACUAAGAAACUGAAUGCUUUGAAAAGGUUCUUGCACAUGGAGUUUAGCAUUAAAGAUUUGGGAAGUCUCAACUAUUUUCUUGGGAUUGAGGUAGGGUAUACUGAAGCUGGUAUUAUACUCAGUCAGAAGAAGUUUACUAGAGAAGUUUUGAGUGACUAUGGUUUUGACAUCAGUAAAAAGGCAGUUACACCUUUGCCCUUGAAUGGUAAAUUGUCAGCUUUGGAUGGCUCACCUUACUCUAAUGCUAAGAAAUACAGGUCAUUGGUGGGAAAACUGAAUUUUUUAACUCACACUAGGCCUGAUCUUUCUUAUACUGUUCAGGUUUUUAGUCAAUUUUUACAGCAUCCAAGGUCAAGUCAUGUUGAUGCUUUGGUGCAUACUCUGAGAUACUUGGCACAUUUUGAAGGUCAAGGUAUUUUGUUAAAGGCUUCAGAUAAGCUAUGCUUGCAGGCUUUCUCUGAUUCUGAUUGGGGUGCCUGCCCUGAUUCAAGAAGAUCUGUAUCUGGGUAUAUUCUGCUUUUGGGUGGUUCACCUAUUUCUUGGAAGUCCAAGAAACAAGGAACAACUUCUAAAUCUUCAGCAGAGUCUGAAUACAGGGCAAUGGUAACAGCUUCUUCUGAGCUUGCAGAUGUGUUUACUAAAAUUCUGCCUUCAGCUCAAUUUAAGGAUUUGUUAUCCAAGCUAGGAUUGACUGUUACUCAUCCAGUUCCUAGCUUGAGGGGGGAUAUUGGACACCAGACCCCAGCCACGUCAGCUCGAGCUUAUUCUGAGCUUCCUUUUUUCCAGAAUAUUUCAGAUCUUCCUAUUUUUAUGCUUCCAGAUUUUGUGUUUAUACAAAAUCUGUCAGGGCCUCCAAUUUGA